AUGGUGGACAUGCUGGACUGGAACAGUCUGAUCGACGAGAGAACAAAGAUAUCCAAUCUACUAGUUGUCCCAAACCUGCAGACUGGUCAGUUGGAGCCUCUUUUGUCCAAGUUCACGGAGGAAGAGGAAGGGCAGAUGAAAAGGAUGCUUCAGCGACUGGAUGUGUUGGCUAAGCAUGCGGUGGAAAAUGGUGUCAGGCUGAUGGUGGAUGCCGAACAGACAUAUUUCCAGCCUGCCAUCAGCAGACUUACUGUGGAGAUGAAGAGAAUCUUCAACACAGACAAAGCUGUCGUUUUCAACACCUAUCAGUGCUACCUCAAAGAGGCAUUUGAUAAUGUGUCCAUGGACGUUGAGCUAUCGAGAAGGGAGGGCUGGUGUUUCGGUGCCAAGUUAGUAAGGGGGGCUUACAUGUACCAGGAGAGAAGCCGAGCAGCGGAGAUUGGAUACGAAGACCCCAUCAACCCCGACUAUGACUGCACUAGCAGAAUGUACCACAGGUGUCUGGAUUACGUGCUGGAGGAGAUCGAACAGAAUCAGAAAGCAAAUGUCAUGGUGGCAUCACACAAUCUAGACACCGUCAAGCAUACACUCAGAAGGAUGAAUGAAAUGGGUCUGCCACCCACAGAUAAGAAGGUGUACUUCGGCCAGCUCCUGGGAAUGUGUGACCAAAUCAGCUUUCCGUUAGCUCAGGCAGGAUUCCCGGUGUACAAGUACGUUCCGUAUGGUCCGGUGAACGAGGUGAUUCCCUAUCUGUCCCGCCGGGCACAGGAGAACCGUGGCUUUAUGAAAGGAGUGCAGAUGGAGAGAGACCUCCUAUGGAAAGAGCUCAUGCGCCGACUGGCCUGUGGAGAAGUCUUCUACACACCUGCGUUAUAAAACACACUCCACUUCUCACCAGAGACUCCUUACAUUUGUUUUUUGCUUGUUCAUCCAUCCAUUCAUAAAUCUUUUUUCCCACUCUCACUGAGGCUGUUCUUAAUAAUAUAGCGCACAUAGGAUACUUUAUUUUAGAAAAAAUACUUGGGUGAAUCUCACAAAACACAAAUACAAAAUAAGAAAGUAUGUAUUUUGCAUACAAAAUAAAGCCUAUUUUUAGAAUCUU